CCAAAAACGUUCAGCCAUGAGGGGCCCCAGAAUCGUGUUUGGGAAACCCGGAAUAGUGCCCAUCAAAUGAAAUGCAGACAAGCGCCACCCCGACGAGUGGAAGUCUUGAGGAACUGCCUUCCUUUAUCGCAAACUGGUUGCCGGAGUUCGGUGUCGCCAUAUUUUCAAUCCGAAGCUCUGAGAGAUCCUGAGGCAGCCUUUGCGUCCACCUGAACAUGUCUGGCCCGGUCACCAGUCGAUCCCGGGUUUACCCCGACGUGAACACACAGAGACCCCGGGAGUACUGGGACUACGAGUCACACGUUGUGGAGUGGGGGAAUCAAGAUGACUACCAGCUGGUGCGAAAGCUCGGCCGAGGCAAAUACAGCGAAGUGUUUGAAGCCAUCAACAUCACAAACAACGAGAAAGUAGUAGUCAAAAUACUCAAGCCAGUAAAGAAGAAGAAAAUCAAGCGAGAAAUCAAGAUUCUAGAAAACCUGCGAGGUGGCCCCAACAUCAUCACACUUCUAGACAUCGUCAAGGAUCCAGUGUCCCGGACUCCUGCCCUGGUUUUUGAACAUGUUAACAACACAGACUUCAAGCAAUUAUAUCAAACGCUAUCAGACUACGACAUACGGUUCUACAUGUACGAGAUCUUAAAGGCCCUGGACUACUGUCACAGUAUGGGCAUCAUGCACCGAGACGUCAAGCCACACAACGUUAUGAUUGACCACGAACACAGAAAGCUUCGCCUUAUAGACUGGGGUUUGGCAGAGUUCUACCACCCUGCUCAGGAGUACAACGUACGAGUGGCGUCCCGAUACUUCAAGGGUCCAGAGCUGCUAGUCGACUACCAGAUGUACGACUACAGUUUAGACAUGUGGAGCUUGGGCUGCAUGCUGGCCAGUAUGAUCUUCAGGAAGGAGCCUUUCUUCCACGGACACGACAACUACGACCAGCUUGUACGAAUCGCAAAAGUCCUGGGCACAGAAGACCUUUAUGACUACAUCGAUAAAUACAACAUCGAGCUAGACCCACGGUUCAACGACAUUCUGGGCAGACAUUCCCGUAAACGGUGGGAGAGGUUUGUGCACAGUGAGAAUCAGCACCUGGUGAGCACCGAGGCUCUGGACUUCCUGGACAAGCUGCUGCGCUACGACCACCACGCCCGCCUUACAGCCCGGGAGGCCAUGGACCAGCCCUACUUCUACCCCAUUGUGAAAGACCAGGCGAGGAUGGGCUCUACAUCAGGGCUGUCGACUGGUUCUACCCCAGUCAGCUCCUCCAGUAUGAUGACAGGCAUCACCUCCAUGUCCUCGUCGCAGCCCCUGGCUAAUGUGGCGGGCUCUCCUGUGAUCUCCUCCCCCAGUGCUCUGGCCACUCAGGUCCCAGCCGCUGCCGGGGCCCAGCCCUGAACGGUGCCCUCAGACUGGGAUGGACUCUCUGUCUGGCCUGGCCUACCCAGCCAACCACCAUUUUUAUGUUGAGUAUAACAGAGACAAAGGAAAAGAUAUUAGGUUCCCCCUUUUUUUUUCAUACAAUAAUUAUAUAUUGAGAUCCGGGGGAGAGAGAAGAGAACAAACGUUACUUGCGUCUGUCUGGAUAAAAACCGUAGCUGCGUUCUUUCAUGACGGUGUCUAGAAAUGCAACUACGUAGAAAGUAAGCAAAAUGGACAAUAAAAAUGAUUUUAUAUGUCCCUAAAGUACAUGUUUGUUUUCUAUGGGUCAGAGGUUGUUGAUUUUCUUUUUUUCACAUCAAAUGACUCAUGGGCUGCUUGUAACACUUUGUUAAUUACAUUUUCUGUUGGUCAUAUUUUCGUCAUUGAAUUUCUCUCAAUAGAACGGCACCCCUGAUUUAGUUAUUUCAGUGUCAUCCCUAAUGUUUUUAUCACGAGGCAGUGUCACAAUGAUUAUGCUUGUUAUUUGGUUGUGGCUAUUUCAGGCUCAUUGAACUAACUUUUUGUACUUGAGUUACGCUGACAUAUGACUGUGUUUAUAAAAUGUAUUCAAUAAGCCCAUGUUGUUUUCACUACAUCCAGUGCACAGUGUGUAGUUCCUAGUAGUUUAAGAGACGUCACUGACCUGUUUUGUUCACUUGUUUGAAGCUGAGACCAUGGAGAAAGUCCAGUUGGCUUGAUUAGAGGCUUACCUUUUCUCUAAAUCUGCCUGCUGAGUUUGUUACCUUACAGAAAACUCAGGCAAGGAAAAAGCACCCAGAAUUUUUUUUUUUUUUUUUUUUUUGUACAAUUGAAUAAUUAAACAACCAUGUAAGUAGAUACAUCAAUGAGACCAGGAAUGGAAUCUCUAACUCUGUAGCUAAAAGGGGUAUUCUGAGAUUCAAUUUGGUUUAAUAGAUUCAGAACCAGGUGAUUUAGGGCUCUAUUAAAUCUGUUAAUGUGAUUAUGCAACCUUCCUGAGAUUGCAUAUAUCGUCUCAAUCGGAAAUGACCUUAAUUUAUAUUGUUAACACUUCAGCGAUCCAGGUUGAAUAAAGCCCUUACUGUAAACAAUG